AUGAAGCUCUUCAACGUUGCCCUUGUUGCUGCUCUUGCUGCGUUUGCCAACGCUGCUGCUGUCCCAAACGCCGAAGCUGCUUUGGACACCAACCCUCUUGAAAAGCGCUGCAGAUCAACUCACAGCCCAUGCCUUCUCCCUGGCGAUUGCUGUACCGGUGUGUGUGUUAGUGGUGGUACCAUCAACAAGUUCACUAAGUACUGCACUUAA